AACAGUGGUCAGGCGACAAUGCCCCAGGAACUUCGAGUGGUGUGCUGCUUCCAGUGUCGGAAAUUUCAGUCUGACAUCGUGAAGAAGGCCAAAAAGUGGACCUGCAAAUUGUGCGGUGCCCAGCAGUCUCUCGUGAAGGAGUAUGCCCGGGGUUCCGGUAGGGAAUGUCGGCUGUUGGUCCAGCAGCUCAGCGACGGUUCACUGCAGGCAGACCAGAUGGAACGGUAUGUGGCCGAACAGGUGCUUGCAGGUGAGAUCGAAUUGCCCGUUGCUGAAAAUCCAAUCAGGGAGGAAUCAGACCGAUUGGUGGCGAGUCAUGAAGCAAACAGGAAGAUUGUGGGCGACCGGGAAAGCAAAUGGAAUAGCUUUUGUUUGAAUGAGGAAGAUGAAGCAGGUGAUAUACUGACUAGGAAAAUUAGUUCGGAAAGUAGCUCUUGGGCGUAUUGGGGGAAAGGAAACGUGGUCGAUCAUGAUCUGAAAUCCCCGGAAAAUCCGAAACAUUCGUUUGCAUUUAAUCAAAAAAAUCAGCUUUCAACAACAUCCAAGCUAGCUCCGAAUCCGAUGGCUGAUUUUCAUCAAAUGGAUAAACAAGAUAAGCAACAAUUUAAAUGGCAAACAACAAAAUUGAAUCAAUCUAAUUUUGCCUCGAAUUCUUCUAUCCAGUCCAGUAAAACAAUUCAAGAAAAUAAGAAACCGUUAUUCAGUUUUGAACGAAAGGCAUCCACAUGUUCGACAACUAGUACAUUGGAGGACAUAGAUGCUUCACAGUCUAAAGAAAAUAUUGCUCUAAAAAGGACAUCGGACUCUGCGGAACUUACAGCAGGUCAAUCACCAAUGAUAAGCUAUGAGAAAAAAUCGAAAUGGACUUAUUUUAACCGUCCUGAAUUGGAGCUGAACUCCCCAAUAGCCACACCAGAUAGCAAAGAGUGCUUACAAGAUUCUGAACCACUAACGGGAAAGACUCAAAGCCCUGCUUCCUCUUCCAAAUGGAGCAAAUACAUUCCGCAAACGGAUCCAGAAGACGAUGAACUUACAUGA